UAUAAGUAAGAUAAGUAGAAUCAAAAUUUUAAUUAAUAAAGAAGCUAAAAAUUCUAAAUAAACUUCAAAAUGAAAUUAAUAUUAAUUCAGCUAGUAGUAACAGUAUCUCUUCCAAUUAUUGCAGGAGUUGCUAUAGUUUUAAUGAUAUUCUAUUAAAGCUUAUGGAGUGCACUAAAUGCAUGGGAAUAAGAUAGCAAUUAGUGGGUUCUAGAUACUUAAAAGUAGACUCUAAUGAAUUCCAUCUUUUCUUCUAAAAUUUUAGAAGGAUAUAGCUUUACGCAAGUAUAUAUUAUCUAUCUACACCUUUUACAAUUAUUUAAUGUAUUUUAAUGA